CAAAAAUUAGUCUAUCCAGAUCCAAAGAGAUUGAAAUCGUAGACAGUGAUAAAAAUGGAAAUUGGUUGUGAUCGUAAGGAAGAGAUCAAAGCUUUUGAUGACACACGAUUAGGUGUCCAAGGACUAGUAGAUGCUGGGGUUGAACAUAUUCCUAAAAUGUUCAUUCGGUCAUCCGAUGAACUUGCAGAGGACCUUGAUCAUCCCAGAACCCACAUUAGUCUUCCGGUCAUUGAUCUCGAUGGCUUGUUGACUGAUCAACGUCGAAAGAUUGUCGACCAGGUCCGGAAUGCAUCUGAGGAAUGGGGAUUUUUUCAUGUGGUGAAUCAUGGAAUUCCCUCAAGUUUACUGAGUAACAUGAUAGAUGCUGUAAGAAAGUUUAACGAGCAGGACAUUGAUGUCAAGAAAGAAUUCUAUUCUCGAGAUACAAGCAGAAGAGUGAGAUUCAAUAGUAACUAUGAUUUGUUUCAAUCUGAAAGAGCUGACUGGAGAGACACAUUGUCUGUUUCCAUGUUGAGAUCCGACCAUAUUGACCCAAACGAGUUGCCUGCAAUUUGCAGAGACGAAGCUCUUGAGUUCAUAGAACAAAUUGGAAAAAUUGGAGACACCCUUUUCGAAUUAUUAUCAGAAGCUCUUGGUCUAAAACCUAACCACCUGAACUCUAUAGAAUGCCACAAAGGCCGAACCCUUGUGUGUCACUACUAUCCAGCAUGUCCUGAACCAGAGCUGGCCAUGGGAGUAACCAAGCAUACAGAUAACACAUUCCUCACAGUUCUUGUCGAAGAUGAGACUGGAGGCCUCCAAGUUCUUCAUGACAAUCAAUGGGUCGACGUUCAACCUAUUCCAGGAAGCUUAGUAGUAAACAUUGGAGAUCUUCUUCAGAUCGUAUCAAAUGACAAGUUCAAAAGCAAUGUGCACAGAGUUCUUCCUAGCAAAGUUCCAAGAAUUUCAGUGAUCGGAUUUUUUGCAGGACGUGUGGCUCCACCUGCAAGGCUAUACGGUCCGAUCAAAGAGUUAUUAUCCGAAGAAAAUCCAGCAAAGUAUAAAGAAGUCCUGGUUAGCGAAUAUGUUGCUGGGUUCUUUACCAAACCACUGCAUGAGAAGCCUAGCCCCAAAGAUUACAGGCUCUGAAAGCCGGCAAUUACCAAGGAAUAAAACUCCCCAUGAGAAGGAUUGUUUUUUUAUGCUAUUCCAUGCAUAGAAAAAUGGAAAAUUCUUAUUUUUCAAUAAAAAGUUGAAACUGUAAUUGCGGGGCUCUUUAGUUUUUAAAACCAAUGUGAUGCAAAGUAAAUAUUAUAAGAAUAAUAUUUGUAUUUCUAAGGCACAAUUCGGAGGCAUUUCAUUUGCCACCAAGUACAACAUUCUACGCUUUAAAUAAUAAUGUAACAGUAAAAAUUUAAAAUCUUCAAUUUCGUAUUUAGUCCUCAUCUUACCAUUUUGGUUUAAACUUCAAAAACAAACUUUUUUUGGAAAAAAAAAAAAAUAUCUAUACUUUUUUAUUUUUCAUAAAAAAUACAGUGUUAUCUUUUUUCAUUUUUACUGUAUUAAAAUACAGUUUUUUAAAAUUUUUUAAUAC